AUGCGAAGGCCGAAUACUUCAACUCCAAACCCGGGCCUUCGGCUCGGAAGGAGGAAUCGGCAGCCAAAAGUUAUCCCAGGCCGAACCGACGAACCGUCGGCAGGACACAAACGGAAGGACGACCGGGAUAGCCGUCAGGGAAACUCAAAGAAGGGACGUGGGAAGUACGGUCGUAACGACCACCGGGCACCCCUACCGAAUCACGAUCGUGCUCAGGAAGUCUUCACCCUGCUGAACACGACGUACGAAACCGUUCUAAUGAACGAACACGACCAGAUCCCGAAGCCGACCAACCGGAAGCCCAAUCGGCAGGAUAAUCGGGAUACUGGCAAAUUCUGCCGAUAUCACCAGCAGAACAGCCACAAUACCGAAGACUGCAUCAGUCUAAGGAAAAUUGUCGAGCGCCUGAUUCGGGAAGGGAAGUUGGAUCAGUACCUUGCCAGGCCGCCACAGGCCCCGGCACCGAAUGCGAAUCGGCAGAUCAACAUGAUCAACACGAUCAGCGGUGGCCCCACCCUGGCGGGACCCUCCAACCGCUCGGCGAAGCAGUAUGUGCGCGCCGCCCACUGCCCUCAGGUCUUCGGCAUAGCGGAGGAUCGGUGCCGAAAGUUGUCAAAGGUGGGAUGGGAGCCCAUCACAUUCAGUGAAGAAGAGGAGGAGGGAAUCAUCUACCCCCACGACGACCCAAUGAUCAUUCGGGCCGAGAUCGCCGAUUACGACGUGGGUCGGGUGCUGAUUGACACCGGAAGCUCGGUGAACGUGAUCUUUGCCGAUGCGUUCAAGGGCCUGGGGAUUGCGGACAGCAUGGUCAAUCGGCAAAUCACGCCUCUCCUCAGUUUCUCUGGGGAUCUGGUACAACCGGUCGGUAGCAUCAGUUUACCCAUUGCCUUCGGCAUGGCCCCCGGAAGACCAUGA